AUGUCGUCGCAACAUCUCGAGAUAUCGUCCUUUAUCCUCGCCGCCCUCACUGCCAGCGGCGGCAUCAUGGGCUACGUCAGGACAAAAUCCGUUCCCUCUCUCGUCGCUGGCUCGGCCGUCGGUGUGCUCUACGGCCUGGGCGGCUAUCGGCUGCAUAACCGUGAGCCGUACGGUACCGAAAUGAGCUUGCUCGCCUCCAUCAUCCUUGGUGGCUCCGCCAUCCCCCGAGCCAUUCGGCUCCGAAAGCCCGUCCCGGUUCUGCUCAGCGUCCUGUCUGCCUUUGGAAUGUUCACGUUUGGCAAUGCCUAUCGCAAGACGAUGUAA